GACCCCCGCCGAUACCAACCACCGGCCCGACGGCACCUCCAGAGGCGGCCACGGGCAAACAACCCAGGCGGCUACGGGCUACGACACACCACUACGUUGCGAUCUUACGUUUAUAUACAGAUACAUAUUGUAUAGUUUUAAGAGGUGCCAUAGCGCACAUUACACGCGUUACAUAAUAACAAUACGUCUUUUUUUUACAAUUAUACCAUUAUUGCAGGGCUACUUGAUGAAAAAGGGCUUCCUGCUGCCAACGUUGCGGUACUUCUGGUUUGUGCUGCGUCCUGGUGAAUUGACGUAUUAUAAAGAUCCCCAACAGAAAGAACCGUCCGGAUUAAUACUGCUGAAUGCCAAUUGCUGGGCCGAUACGCUGACAAACGGUGAAAAAGCCCGAUAGAAGAUUCGUGCUGAGCACCCCCGAACAUAGAUGCAUCGAGCUAGUGGCAGAGGAUCACAAAGGCAGACUGCAGUGGCUCGCGGCAUUGCAAACGGCCAUUCAGCAUUCGGGCGAGAAAAUCGGCUAUCAGAGAAGUUUGGCCAAUCAAAGAAGAUCCUUGCGACAAGCUACUAAACAGGAAAAAGAAGAGACCAAGCUGGAACUAUAACACGAGAGGCAGGCUAGAAUCGCCGCCGAGAUCCAAGCUCGGAAAUUGGAAACUCUGUCAAAGGAAGAAGGUGCCAAGGUUCAACAACUAGAAGAUGUUAAACAGAAGCUAGAAUUACUGCUGCAAGAAGAAAAGCAGGCCCUACGCGACGCGGAAAUAGUACGAAAUUUACAAGCGAGAGUACUACGCGAAGAAUAGGAAAAGAGAGAACAAUUGGAGAGAUUGCAGCAGAAGCAACAAGAAUUGCUGGAGAUGGAAAAGAUGAAAAGAAUGGAAUUUGAGCGGAUGCAGAAAAAAAACGAGCAACAGUUGCAAGCAUCAUGCCUUGGACUGUGUGCAGGUGCAAGAAAACGAAUUGUUUCACCAAUAAUCAAUGCAUAUGCGUAAGAGAAAGCAUAGCAUGCAGAGAAUCUUGUCUGUGCCGCGAUAAAGGGAGAAAACAGUGCAUUGAUCCAGCAGUGGCAUCGACCAGCACUGCAGUUUCAACUUGUACUGACGAGUUUCGGCUUUUAACAGUAAAAACGGGUGCCAUAAAAAAGACCAGCACUGCAGUUUCAACUUGUACUAACGAGUUUCGACCUUUAACAGCAAAAACGGGUGCCAUAAAAAAGACCAGCACUGCAGUUUCAACUUCGACUCAGACCUUAAAUGAAAAUGAAAUGGAAAUGGUAAAUGCCUUGCAAAAGCGUUUGCAGGAAACGGAAAAAAAAGCAGAAAAAUGGGAAAUUUUUGCUGAUAAGAUGGAGACAGAGAACAGGAAAUUGCAUAAUGUAAUCCAUGAAUUAAAAGGAAACAUUAAAGUCUUUUGUCGAGUGCGUCCAUUGACGCAGAAAGAAAAUGAGCAGGAGAAAGCGGAGAAAACAGUGCAUUGAUCCAGCAGUGGCAUCGACCAGCACUGCAGUUUCAACUUCGACUAACAACGGUUCAACUUCGACUAACAUUCGGCCCCUGACGGUAAAAACGGGUGCCGUAAAAAAAAAUUUAACGAGACGUUUAGUAGAAUUAGAAGAAGAAGAAGAAGAAGCAGAACUUGAAGCAGACUUAAAUACUAACGAGUUGGAUAUGGCUACCGGCGGAAAGAACAAGAAAGAUUUAGCGAAACGACUACAGCAGUCAGAGGAUUCGCGUAAUGCGUGGCAAGAAAAAGCCAUAAAACUUGAAAACGAGCUUCAGGUGGCUUCCACCUUAAAGGUGGAAUUGGAAAUGAAAAUUGAUACCUUGCAAAAACGUUUGCGAGAAGUAGAAAAAGAAGCAGAAGAAUUUCAAUAAUUCCUACGAGUAAAUGGUAAACAUAAAGUAUACGGCUUCGUAUAAUAUACCAACAAAUGGUCAGGCUGAACGUUUUAUACAAACAAGUUUUACAUUGUAUAAACUGUGAUUCUUUAAAUGUCGAUUUAGCAUUAAAUAAC